AGCUGGGUGAAACCCCAAGCACAUGGGUGUGGAGAUGGACUAAGUCUUCCUUUGAGCACAGCUGUUUCCUUAAGUGGUGGAACAGGCCCUGGACUUUCCUAAGGCAGCCCCACUGUGAGCCCAGGUUCUGCUGGGGAGAUUUGCUGGGGCCCCACCCAGUGAGAUGGCAGCCACACUGGAUCUGAAAUCGAAGGAGGAGAAGGAUGCUGAGCUGGACAAGAGGAUCGAGGCUCUUCGUCGGAAGAAUGAGGCUCUCAUCCGGCGCUACCAGGAGAUUGAGGAGGACCGCAAAAAGGCUGAGCUCGAGGGAGUAGCAGUGACAGCUCCCCGGAAGGGCCGCAUGGUGGAGAAAGAGAAUGUGGCUGUCGAGGUGGAUAAGAACCUCGGUCCCUCCCGGAGGUCUCCUGGGGCCCCUCGGCCCCCGGGGCCCAGCAAAGGAAGCCGACCCCCCCCUCAGCUGGGAGGCAGGGCAGGCACUGGCCGGGCAUCCCGAAGUUGGGAGGACAGUCCUGGGGAGCAUUCUCGAGGCUCUGGGGGCCGUGGCCGGAGGGGCCGGGGCAGAGGGUCCCCUCAUCUCUCUGGAGCUGGAGACGCCUCCCCUGCUGACCGGAAGUCCAAGGAGUGGGAGGAGCGGCGCAGGCAGAACAUUGAGAAGAUGAAUGAGGAGAUGGAGAAGAUCGCUGAGUAUGAACGCCACCAGCGGGAAGGCGUGCUGGAGCCCAACCCUGUGCGCAACUUCCUGGACGACCCCCGGCGACGUGGCGGGCCCCUGGAGGAGCCUGAGCGGGACCGCCGGGAGGGCAGCCGCCGGCAUGGGCGCAACUGGGGGGGCCCCGACUUUGAGCGGGUACGCUCCGGUCUUGAGCAGGAGCGACAGGGCCGCCGGGCCGGCCUGGGCAGUGCCGGGGACAUGACGCUCUCCAUGACGGGCCGGGAGCGGUCGGAGUACCUGCGCUGGAAGCAGGAGAGAGAGAAGAUCGACCAGGAGCGGCUGCAGAGACACCGCAAGCCCACGGGGCAGUGGCGGCGGGAGUGGGAUGCCGAGAAGACCGAUGGGAUGUUCAAGGAUGGCCCAGCCACCGCCCUGGAGCCCUCGCACCGCUACGAUGACCAGGCCUGGGCUCGACCUCCCAAACCCCCUACUUUUGGGGAGUUCCUGUCCCAGCACAAAGCUGAAGUCAGCCGCAGGAGGAAGAAGAGCAGCCGACCGCAGGCCAAGGCAGCCUCCCGUACCUACAGUGACCAUGAUGACCGCUGGGAAACGAAGGAGCUAGUGUCCUCAGCCCCAGAGGCCCCACAGCCCAGCACCAAGGAGAUGCCAACGCAGCCUCCCGAGACCCCAGCCCCUGCCCACCGGCCUCCAGAGGAUGAAGGAGAGGAGGAGGAGGGGGAGGAGGACGAAGGGGAGGAGGAAGGGGAGGAGGAGGAUGCGGACGAGGAUGAGGAAUGGGAGGAUGUGAGUGAGGAUGAGGAGGAGAUCGAGGAGGAGGAAGAGGCUGAUGAGGAAGAAGAACCAGCCCGAGACCACCAACCCCAAGAAGCUGAACCCACCGGGAGUCCUGCCAUUGAGCAAGCGGACAGAGUGCCCCCCAGACCCGAGGAGCCCCUGGUGAUUCCCCAGGCCCCUGCCACACCUUCCAGCCCCUUUUCGCCCCCUGGGGGCCACAAGCCGGUGUCCGACUGGGGUGAAGAGAUGGAGCUGAAUUCUCCCCGGACCGCCCACCCGGCGGAUGCCCUCUCUCCGGGAGGUGACCAGCCAGCCCCUGCCUCCCUGGAAAGUGGGUCCAGUCUCCCAGGAUCCCAGAAGGCUGAAGAAGAGGGGUCUGAGGUCGCUCCAGAGGGGAGCCCUGAGGGCCAGGAGACAGCAGAGAUCACAGACUUCCAGAGGGUGCGUUUCUGCAAGGUGGUGGUGGUCACUCAGCCACCUGGGGCUGCCCGCUGAUGGAGUCGCCGACUGUGGCCUCUGCAUUCUGCACUAACCUCUCUUGUUCUGUCUUCUGCUCAUGCCACACUCCAGCCAGGAGAGGGUUAAAUGUAAGGGGGGGAGGAGCCUGGGACGGCGAACCCCCCUGGGGCCAGGUAAAUAGUCCAGUCUCAAAAUAAGAGCCCCUGAGAGCUGGGGUAGCUGUGACGCCCCUAUCCCCCGAGUUACCUGUCUAGAAGACCAUGGGAACCUGAGUGCCAGACCCGGGUUGCGUCUCCCGCCUCCAGAAGUUUACAUCUGGAGCAUGGCAGAUAGCCCAAAUGACUAAUUAUUGGGCCACGGUCUGUGUCUAUUAAAUUCAGUGCUUCCGCUAACCUUUGAACUGUGUUUCUGGUGGGUGCGGGCUGAAUUGCUGUGCUUGGAGGGCUUUGCCUUGGUGCAAGAGGUGGGUGAAAGGGUUCUUACCUUCUCCACCCCCCUGAUCUGUCUUCCCUCCCCCACC